ACUUUUGAUCUGUUUGUUAUAAUACUUUUUAAACAGUGAUGUGUAAUGUAUAAAUAAGUGAUUACUUUCAUUCUGUGUGAAUUUAUGUUAAGUGACAGGUGCAACUAAUUUUCUUGCCCCAACGUAGGUCGGCUGUCUCGAAAGGAAGUUUCAUCUUGAAGAGCAUUCGCGCCAACCGGCCGGUGCCUUCGAAAAUAGUAGCGGCGCUCUGCAUAUUUUCACGAUAAUAAACUUUUGAAAUGGAUGAACCGAUGCACGAUGAAAGAUAACCCGCUACAAUGACAGCUGAUAUCAUAAAAUGGAGAUGAAGAAACAAGACAAACCUGGCAGUUUAUCGCCACUAAAGCCAACAUUAAGGGUCGACAGCAGCGAAGAGAGGACCUCGCGCUCUGGCAGCAAAGCGGAGAAAGAGCUCAAGCUACCGCCGGAAAAGUCGCCCGACGAGGGUGGCGGCAAGAAAGAAAGACGGCUGUCAAAGGCUAGUGAUAGUUCCCGAGAGACUUUUGAAAGACAAGAUUCUAAACAGUCGUCGAUUACUAGUCCAAAAGUCUCUCGGAAGUACUUUACCAAUUGGAAACAAGCGUGCGACAAGACAAAAGACAAAACAAAAGAGUUGCUGAAGCGUUGGAGGACGCUGCCCGAAACUGAGGUGCCGGAGAACCAGAUGCAGGCUGCGGCCAACCAUGACCACGAGGGGGAGGAACACCGCGGCUGGAGCGUGCAUGUGUGGACGACGUGGGUCAACCGCUUCAGCGAAGACCUGGGCUGCCUGGAGCUGGAGGACGAGCAGCCGCUGGCGCAGCUGAGCUCCGUCCAAACCGACAAGCUGACGCUCUUCUUCACCGAGCUACUCGACCACGACAGAGAUGACGUCAUUUGUGAUCAAGACUUUGAUCCCUUCUUUGAGAAGCUCGCUCACUUCGCCGACUGGUCGCUCGACUCGUCCGAGUUCCACAUCAUGUUAGAAGUGAAACGGGAAUUCAUAGAGCAGUUCAUCAACCCGCUGCCUCCCAAAUACGGUGAGCUACCCUACUACAAGCGGGUGUGCGGCCCUGAUGCCGGAGGAUACCCGGGCCGGACCACGCUGGAAGGCUGGCUGGCGAGGUGGGCGCUACUUCUGAGUCGAUACCGUCGCUUCUCUGACCUGCCGCUAUACCUGCAGUACCUGUGCAAGAUACUGUUCCACGUCGUAGACAGAACCAGCACUGGCGAGAUAACGAAGGCAGCGCUCGCGGCGUUCUACCGGUCGGUGAUCGGGCUCAGCGCACAGCGCGUCGAGGAAAUCAUCGACACGGCCUAUGACCGCAUGACUAGUAACAGUUACCUAAUCCUGGACUACGGCACGUACGUGCACUGCUUCACUAACUGGCUGAUGGGGAAGAACCCCAACGGCCCUGGACAGUGGGUUCUAGUGCCCUCUAAAGACACCCUCCCCGAGCCCCCCUUCCCCGUGGACUACAGCGCGCUCAACACCGAGCCAGCCAAGUUGGAGCCCUACGCUCCGGAUAAGAAGACUAAUAGACACUCUGUUAUAGUGUAAGUGACAAGAUUAGGCUACGGUUUUAUAACCGAAGAAAAGAUAAUCUUUCCGUGUUUUAUACAAAUGUAAUGUAAGAAGUGAAGGUCAGUCCAUAGAUCUUAAGGAAGUAGGGAAUCAAAAAUCAACCUACUCAUA